AUGUCUGAUGAGCUCCUGCCUCACGAGGACACUGCUGCUGCUGCUGCUGCUGCAGUUCGCAGCAGCCCUUGGGCGCCAAACAGCAUAGCUGCCGGUUCGCUGCACCAGCGGCAACAGCAGCAGCAGCGGCAGCAGCAGCAGUUGCUGUUGCAACGUCGGCAGCAGCUUCCGUGGGCGGUGUCUCCGCAGCACUUCUUCGCAGUUCGUCUGUGGCUGCAGCUGCACCUGCCGCUGCUGCAUGCUGCUGCUGUGCCGGUUGCUUCUGGGGCCUUCUGCUACAUCCUUAAAGAAGCAGCAGCUUCCAUUCCCCCUGCUGCUGCUGCUGCUGCUGCUGCAGAAGAAGGUGAAUCUACUGCUGCCCAUGGGGUCCCUCUGCUGUUAUGUGAGGCAACGCCGGGCCCCGAUAGAAACAGUAGCAGCAGCAGCAGCAGCAGCAGCAGCGGCAGCAGCAGCAGCACGCCGCCUGCAACCACAGGAGACCGGUUGCUGCUGCCUACCUAUUCUUUCUCUUCACAACGGCUGCAUGCCCCUGCAGCAAUUGGCAGCGUUAUUAGCUUUCCCAGCAGCAGCAGCAGCAGCACCAACGGCAAUAGCAGCAACGGCAACAGCAGCAGCAGCAGCAGCAGGUACUACAGGCCAACAAAUCGCAGCACCUUUACCUGUAUCCGCCUGUGGGGUGCUGCUGCGCUUGCUGCUGCUCUCUGGCUGCUGCUGCUGCUGUCUCCUUUUAUUGGCAGCGGAGGCUUCGGCUCGCCUUGCAUCUUCAGACAGCCGCCGCUGCAGGGAGGAGGCCUCGCAGCACUCUACAACAACAACAGCAACAGCAGCAGCAGCAGCAGCAACCACCGCUGCCCCAGCAGCAGCAGCAGCAGCAGCAGCAGCAGCAGCGAGACAGGCAGCAACAUGCAGCGUGAGCGGCCCUACAAUGCUCUCCCAGCUGGUGUGGAGGCAACAACUGACAGCAGCAACAGCAACAGCAGCAGCAGCAACAGCAGCACGAACAGCAGCAACUUGACCAGCAGCAGCAUUAUCAUUACUAGCAGAAGGCUGAGUGAAGCAACAGCGAGAGCUUCCUCAGCAGUUGGUGCUGCUGCAGCAGGCGAAGCAGCUGCGCAAAACGCUGCUGCUGCUGCGGCUUCACAAACUACUGAGACAGCAACGCCAGCAAUUGCUGCAGCAGCACCAGCAGCUGCUGCAGCAGCACCUGCUUCUGCUGUGAAGCCAAGCUCAGCAGCAGCAGCAGCAGAACCCACUCCUUCAAGUGAGCAGCAAAGGAAGCCAAGGGCAGCUGCAACGGUUGCGGCAGCAGAUAUGCCUGCAGCCGCAGCCAACCCACCAAAUGAUACAGCAGCAGCAACAGCAGCAGCACCAGCAGCAGCUGCACCAGCAGCAGCAGUAGCAGCAGCAGAGAGUGGCAGCAGCAACGAGUCUUGGCUGCCGCCUCGGCCGAUGUUGAUGGGGGCCUCUGCGUUUGCUACUGAUGUUCAUAUUGCUGCUAGCCACACGCUGUUCUUGUUUCGGGAUAUAUACGGGACGGUCUCCAGCAUCGACGUGAAGACCCGCGAAACGAUUGCAGAACAGCGUAUUGCUUUGCUGCAAGAUUUGCUGUCUCUUGCUGUGUGCUGGCAGUCUCCUAUUAUGGUGUCUCUAAACUGUCCCUCCUGCAGCCUCAACGCCUUUGACUGCGGAGACAGCUGCCCGCGGCUGCUGUUUGAUCUCUUUAAAGCAGCACAAGCAAACAAUCUCCUCUGGUGGACAGGAGACAUGAGAGAUGAAGUGCAGCGUUUGCUGCCAGGCGCCAAGCUGGUGACAGCAAUCGAUCCCACAUUUGAAGACGAUCCCACACACUUAACCGAAAUAGUCAGCGCUCCGUGGACAGAUUUAGAAGCCACACGCGUGCGGCGUCUAGCAGAGAAGGUCUCAGGGGGGUUGGUUGGAGUGUACGCUGAUAUUUUACUGAUUAGAGUUCAGGACCUAUCCACGGCCAAGUCGCUGGGGCGAAGUGUCUGGGUUGCAUCAGGUCCUGUAAGCAUUGGAGGUGAUAAGGGACUGCAGUCUGUCUCUCUUGGCACAACAGUGCCGCUAAAUCUUCCGCUGGGCCUCUCCGCCUUUGCUCGGCUUAGCGCUGAGCUGCCAGUGGGCCCUCAGCAGCAGCAGCAGCAGCAGCAACAGCAGCAGCAGCAGCAGCAGCAGCAGCAGAAGCCGAGUCACAAAGAACAGGCUGCAGCGCAGCACAAAGAAGGGGGGAAGCAGCUGCUUCCGUUUCUAGGACGCCGAAAGGAGGAUUUUCUGCUGCUGCAGCAGCAACUGCAGCAGCAACUGCAGCAGCUGCAGCAGCGGCUGCAGCAUGACGUGCUUGGAUAUGAAUUACUUUUGGGUGUACAGACAGCCCAUCCACUUAAACAAGACGGCACCCUAAGGUUUCUAGGAAGCUUCAAGAAGGAUAAAUCGCAGUAUACCCUCUCAGCUUGCCGCGGCAACAGCGAGUUUUCUGUGAGUGCAUGCGGAUGGAAGUUGUCGGGGGUUUCUUCGCAAACAUCAUUUGAUUUAAAUACAAACAAAGUAAUCCUACGCACAGCACAUGACUUCGCUAAAGGGGAGGCGUCUGUGCGUGUUGCUGCUGCUGGAUUGAGACCAGCAGCAAACCCUCUUCUGUCUCCUUUUUUAAUUGGUGUAGAGGGGACAGUUGUGGGGCCCUUGAGGCUGCCUACUUGCUGCAGAAGAAUUCAAGGUACGCAAGCAGCAGCAGCAACAGCAGCAACAGCAGCAGCAGCAGCAGCGGAUCCUGCUGCAGCAGCAGCAGCAACCAGUGCUUCUGUGGCUACUGGUGCUGGCGCAGCAGCAGCAGCAGCAGAAACAGCAGGGAAGAGGGAAACUUCACUAGGCAGCAACGAUAGCAGCAACAGCAGCAGCGACAGCAGCGACAGCAGCAGCAGCAACAGCAGCAACAGCAGCAACCCCGAUGCUUCUUUAGAUGUUUUUCAGUGGAUAUGUCUUACAUAA